AUGCAGCGGCUCCCCCCGCCCGAGGGGAGGGGGCGACGGGCCCGGGGCGCUGCCGCCGCCUCGGUCGCUGCCCGGAUCCCCGCCCGGGCCCCGGUCGCCGCGCCCGCCCGCUGCCCCCGCCGUUCGGCGCCCGCGCCCUCUCCCCGGCCCGGCCUCCCCAGGAGGAUCCACUGGAUCAUAAGACUGGCCGGCCCCGGGGGAGACGGCAACUUUGGGGAGGGCAGUGGAGGGGAGGGGCCAGGCGGCUCACCCCGCCCCGCGCCGGGCCGGGGCCCCCUCCCCGCUGGGCCCCGGAGGAGGGCGGGCCCAGGCGCCUCCCCCGAUUGCGGGCAGCCAGCCUCGCGCCCCCGCCCGCCCGCCCGCCGGCUGGCUCCAGAGCCCCGCGCCCCGCCCGCAGCCGCCGCUCUGCCCUGCCGGCUCACCCUAGCUUGGCUCCGCGCGAGGGCUGCGGGGAGGGGGCGUGGAGGAGGAGCCGAGGAGCAGCGUAGCGGGGAGGAAGGAGCAGCCAUGGCCCUGAGUGAUUUCGAUGUGCAAAAGCAGAUUAAGCACAUGAUGGCUUUCAUUGAGCAGGAAGCCAAUGAGAAGGCAGAAGAAAUAGAUGCCAAGGCUGAGGAAGAGUUCAACAUUGAGAAAGGACGCCUUGUGCAAACCCAACGACUGAAGAUUAUAGAGUAUUAUGAGAAGAAAGAGAAGCAGAUAGAGCAGCAGAAGAAAAUCCAGAUGUCUGCCUUGAGGAAUCAGGCAAGGCUGAAAGUCCUGCGAGCCCGAAAUGACCUCAUCUCAGAGUUGCUGAAUGAUGCAAAGCUGAGACUCAGCCGAAUGGUGACAGACCGAAAAUUUUACCAGGGGCUCCUGGAUAAACUAGUGCUCCAGGGUCUGCUCCGACUGCUGGAGCCUGUGAUGAUUGUACGCUGCAAGCCACAGGACCACCUCCUGGUGGAGGCUGCAGUGCAGAGAGCCGUCCCCCAGUACACCACAGUCUCCCACAGAUGUGUGGAAGUGCAAGUCGACAGAGAGGUGCAACUGGCUACAGACACAAUUGGAGGUGUGGAGGUCUACAGUAGCGAUCAGAGAAUAAUGGUUUCUAAUACUCUGGAAAGCCGACUGGAUCUCUUAGCCCAGCAAAAGAUGCCAGAAAUACGAAAGGCCUUGUUUGGAGCCAAUGACAGCAGGAAGUUUUUUGUAUAAGCCUCUGGAAAGUGAAGCUCCUGUUGAACUUCUAAGCCAUAAAAGCAUAACUCAUUAGGGCAAAGCAAACUGGUAAUAUCUCCUCCUCUGUUUUGCUCUGGGAUUAGUCUGUCUUUAUGAAAUACUCUCUGACUAGCUAAAGGCAUUAUACUUUGGAAUAAAGCCUGACUUAAUGCUUAUAAA